UCGGGUAGUAGGAAGCUUUCUGGAUGAGAAUCCAGAGCUGACAGCUAUUCCUAUAAAGUCUGUCAAAUAUUCAUUGUCUUACCCUUCUACAUUAGCAGUCACAUUAGCAUCCAGAAGCGUUGCGUGGUAAAAUGGAUAUGGAUCGAGGUUCUUCCGACUCCACUUCACCGCCGGACACUGAUUCGGCUCUCAAGCGUCGUGUGCACGGUAUGCUGAAGCUUUACUAUGGGCUGAAUGAGGAAGGAAAGCGCGUAGAACAAGCCGAAUCGCUGGAUCCGUGCGAUAUUAACGGGCCACAUUUUGAUCCAGAGGUUUAUCUGAAUAAGUUGAGGAAGGAGUGCUCCCUUGCAGAGCUGAUGGAUCAAGAGAACUGCAUGGUGAAACAGAUUCGAUCUUUAGACAGUGACAUGCAGACACUAGUGUAUGAAAACUACAAUAAGUUCAUUUCUGCUACAGAUACAAUUAGGAAAAUGAAAAAUGACUUCAAGAAGAUGGAAGAUGAGAUGGACUGCCUGUCCACCAACAUGGCUGCUAUCACAGAGUUUAGUGCUUGUAUCAGUGGCACGCUGCAAGGCCAACACGCCCAGAUCAGCAAACUGUCAGGUGUUCACACUCUUUUGCGUAAGCUCCAGUUCCUGUUCGAGUUGCCAGCGAGGCUGAAUAAGUGUCUGGAGCUACAGGCGUAUACCCAGGCUGUGAACUCACACCGCCGUGCACGCUGUGUGCUCCAGAUGUACUGCCACAUGCCAUCGUUCAGGGGCAUCCAGGACGACUGCCAGGCCAUCAUGGAGCAGCUUGCCCAGCACCUGCGGCAGAAGUUCAGGGAUGGAGGGACAAGUGCGAAAGAGCUGUCGGAGUGUGUGGAGCUUCUGCUGCAGCUGGACGAGCCAGCAGAGGAACUCUGCGACAAGUUCCUAUGCCAUGCCCAGACCAGACUGGAGGCGGACCUUCAGGGGUUGGAGGAGGAGCUCAGAGUUUCUACAGCUACAGAUGUUGCUGGAGGCUCCACCCAUAAGUCAAGCUCUGGCGCAAACUCCAUUUCUCCUUCUGAGUCCUCGAAUUCUAGUAUUUUCCUCUCACUGUCUGCUAGGACAGACAUUCUAGAGUUUAUUGAUAGAGGAUGUAAUGAGUUUGUCAGCAACCUCUGUCUGGUCAUCGCCUCCUAUCAGGAGUUAUUCAUCAACCGUCCACAAGAGGGCGAACUGGCCUCAAAGAAUAUACCUCAGAUGGCGAAUGGCAAGUUGCACACAUUUGUGGACUCUUUGGCAGGCAGAUACUUCUCUCUGGUAGAGCGAAGGAUCCAGGAAGAGAAAGGGGUGGGAGAUAAUUCUCUACUAGUGAGAGCUCUGGACCGUUUCCACCGCCGACUCCAGGCUGUGUCAAAACUACUUCCUGGGUCAGCUGUACCUAGCCAAGGCACUGAGAUUGUUGUUCAGGCUGCAAGGGAGAGGAUCAGACAGUACCUGUGUGCCUUGCAGAGCUUCUAUCUGGACAGCCUUACUGAUGUCAGACAGGCCCUAGCAGCUCCACGGCUUACGGUGGGUGGAGCAGGUGCAGUAGGUGGUGGGGCUCUAGGAGGAAGUGGUCCUCCUGGCAAAGAUGCUCCACCCAGUCUUCCAGAACUGCUGACCUCCUUAUCGAACUCCAUUCUGAAUCAGAUCAAGACAGUGUUGGCCUCAGUGCACCUCUUUACUGCAAAAGAUAUCACCUUCUCCAACAAACCUUAUUUCAAGGGGGAGUUCUGUAGUCAAGGGGUAAGAGAGGGGCUGGUAGUGAGCUUCAUUAAGUUCAUCUGCCAGUCCUCUCGCCAGUUCUGUGAGAGUGCAGGAGACCGAGGAGGCUCCACGCCACCCGCGCUCCUCUUGCUGUUGUCGCGUUUGUGCCAGGACUACGAGACCUCCACCAUCUCGUACAUCCUCACCCUCACAGAUGAGCAGUUCCUUGUCCAGCACCAUUCUCCAGUGACUGCAGUAACUGCUCUGUGUGCUGAGGCCAGAGAGGCAGCACAGAAACUGCUCAACCACUAUGUAAAGGUCCAAGGCUUAAUAAUCUCUCAGAUGCUGAGGAAGAGUGUGGAGACCAGAGACUGGGUCAACACCAUCGAGCCUCGCAACGUCCGUGCCGUGAUGAAGAGGGUCGUAGAGGACACCACCUCCAUUGAUGUUCAGGUGGGUUUGCUGUAUGAGGAGGGUGUGAGAAAAGCUCACAGUAGCGACUCCAGCAAGCGCACUUUCUCUGUGUACAGCAGCUCACGACAACAGAUGCGCUACACCCCCAGUUAUACACCCAGUGCUCCAAUGGACACAAACCUGCUCAGCAACAUCCACAAGCUUUUCUCAGAGAGGAUUGACAUCUUCAGUCCAGUGGAGUUCAACAAGGUCUCUGUCCUUACCGGGAUCAUUAAGAUCAGUCUGAAGACGUUUCUGGAGUGCGUGCGCCUGCGCACGUUCGGGCGGUACGGACUCCAGCAGAUCCAGGUGGACUGCCACUACCUGCAGCUGUAUCUGUGGCGCUUUGUGUCUGAUGAGAACCUGGUCCAUUUCCUUUUGGAUGAGAUUGUGGGAAGCGCUGCCCACCGGUGCCUGGACCCAUCCCCAAUGGAGCAGAGCGUGAUCGAGGUGAUCUGUGAGAGGGGCUAAGGGGACCGGCGCCGAAGGACCGAUACAGAAACGGCACUCUCGCCUGCAUCGGCUGAGGCAACGGAAUGAAGUGGUCUGGGAGUGUCUGUACUAACAGAAGGCAUACUGUGUUACUGAGCUGUUACUGAGCUGUUACUGAGCUGUUACUGAGCUGUUACUGGUGCUGUUAUACUUGGAAGUGGACUGACUUUACGUUAAACCCCUGAAAUGGCUAAACUGAUGCAGAAAAGAGUGAACAGUCUCCAACUAUGUGUAAUGAUGUGUAAAAACAGUAGUAUUGGAUAACAUUGUAAAUAAACAACCCUGAAAAAAGUGAAAACUACAUAUACCGUUGACACUGAUUGUUGCCAUGACAGGAUUAGUCUAAUAUUUUGUUUUAAUAUGUACUACACAAACUCUCUGAAUGUGCAAACCAAUUAAAUGAGCACCGAAAUAAUUAUUAUAUUUUGGAAAGUAGUUGAUGGUUUGUGCAGUUAAUGGUCAGUAAUCAGAUCACUAAUUCUGAAAUAUUUAUUCUUGAAGUUUUAUUUCUAGAUUGUAUUAGAUUAUCAAUGCAGUAAGACUGAAAUAUUAAAGUCAAUGUGAAUCAGAAA